ACAGGGUACAAACCACAGGCCUCCGACCGAUAGUCAGAAGGCUGAUUAGCAACUAGCCCAGGCUACUUCGAGUCGUUCAAAGGACCAAAUCACUGGAAACAUCAUCAGAGGCGCAGAGUUGCGGUUGAGCACCAAUGACAGACCCAAGAACAGCCAGCGACCAAACCGAGCUUUUGAUGAGCCAGUGGCUCACGAUCAGAAAGAAAUGAAGUAUCCUGGGACCAUGAGUACAUUCAAUCAGAUGCAAAGACCUGAUGUAGGCUUUCAAAACAUCGCGAUGAAUACUGAGCUCCCUGAAGAUAUGAGACUUUCUGGGCAAAUCGCGAUGCAGACCCCUCCCGGGGCACCUUUUUACUCACCAGGAACCUUUAACCCUGCCACUCAAGGAAACUAUUCUUUACCUCCCCAACAGAACUUUCCCAUGCAGAAUGGAUUUGACCAUGGAUUUCCACAAGUUCAGCAGUCACAGCCGCCCCAGAGGGGUCCAUUGACUGGUCGUGGUAGAAAUAUCAGCAACUCUUCCCGCAACGAUCGUUUUGAUUCGAAUGAUGGCCGAUGGUCCCACCAAAACCAUGAGAAUAGCAACGGUGGGAAUGCUGGAUUGAGUCGUGGAGGUUUCCAUCGCGGAGGGGGUCGUAAAAAUCGCCGCGGUGGUUACAACCAGCGAAACGCAACUGCGCCUGUCGCGCAACCUCAUACUGGCCCUGAUUUCAACCAGAAGAGGCGCGAGGGGACACCAUGGAAGGAUUCAUGGCGUCGGGAUCCAGUUACUUGCCAGAACGUUCAGGAUGGUUUGACGAUCAAAGACUAUGUACCUUGCUCUUGCCCGAUCUGCGAUUCUCGUGACCGCUCUGUAUACAUCAUUGUCCAAGGUUAUCAAGGAAUUACUGGGCCAGACAUACUCGCACGGCUCAAGUUUGGCCUGGCUGAGAGAUAUGGACAUGUGGACGAAGUGUUCCCGAUCGCCUCGAAAGAACCAGGACGUUAUAUUGCCCGGUUUGUAAAAUCCUCGUCAGUUGGUGAAGCACUGACUAUUGGCGGCGGCAACAUGCCUGAGCAAGGCAUAUCUGUUACAUUCUCCCCUGCUUUGCGAUCAAAAUGGACACUCUCGCAGCAAGCACCCACUCGGCCAGUUCCAGGUCGAGUUUCUGGUCAGAACUCUGCCGCUGUGCUAUUCUCUCCUUAUCCUUUCGGCCUAUCGAUGCCAGGCAAUGCGCCAAUUACUGCCGCAGUUCCUCACAUGGUGCCAAGCAUCAUUCAUCCGGCUGUAGUCAACCCUGGGCAAGCACAUAACAGCCAUUUCUUGCAACCCAACGGAGGGCAACGUUCUGUGUCUGGGUUCUUACAGUCUCCAGCCACUGGUAUUCCAUCUACAAUUGUGCAGUCCGAACCCGGCAUACAAGCACUCCUCCCUGGACAGCCAACUCUUGCUCCAAGGCAAAUUGUCCCUCCUCCCAUCCAGCAGGCGCAGGAAAACACAUCCUCUCCUGAGAUACUGCAGACUAAACCUCCGUCUGAAGAAGCUUUGGAUGAAAUCCAUCACCCUGAUCAAGAUGACCCAGGUAGCCCGCGAAGUGACGGAAGCAAGUAUACUGGGGUCAAAGCUCGUGUUUCCUUGCCUAGCACCCCCUCGAAAGCUUCCCUUGCCUCCCAAGGAACCCCAAUGAAGCCGAAUGAAACAGCAGAAGGACUUGCGAGUAUUGAUACGACAACACAUCAUCAGAAUGAGAUGCCCAUGAAGGCGCUUGAAAGCCGGGCAGAAACAAAGAUGAUAUCUGGUCAUCAAGCUAAACUACUGUCUGAACCCACUGUCAGCAAGAACAGUCACAGUCGUGCGCCAAGCGUCUUUUCUGAGAAUGAGAUCAAAGAGAGACAACGAGCAUGGGCUAAAAUUCCUAUGCCUCUGACUCUCCGUGGGCCUCGCUUGGCUACUCCAAUGAAACCCAUCAGCAUCGCCAUCGAGCAUGGCAGCAACUCCGGGGUUGGAAAGAGCGACAAUCGCGAACCUAAUGCUACUAAGCUGGGGGUGCCAAUCUCAGGACAGAAUGUAACCUCUACUCCAAGCACCAGCGAUGUUUACGAGCCAUCUACGUUCGAGAACCCCGAGUCUAGGUUUCCGUUGCCGCAGGCACCAAAAAGCUCUUCUGCUGCUCACUCCACCAGGUCAACAAGAGAAGAUGCCACAGAAUCGCAGGGAACCACCCUGGAUGAAGCACAGCCAUCUGAAAUGCCUACAACCUCUCCCAUGACCGAAAAUGUCACAUACAAGGUUGAACAAUCAUUUGAGCAAGAACAUACUUCAGACACGCUACCAAGAGGCAAAGGAAAGAAUGCGAAGAAGGCCAAGAAAAAAAAAGCGAAGAACAUGGCAUCCACGAACAACGAAUCCAAUCACGCCUUUCAACAAAAUCAGCCAUCCUCUUCUCAAUCCAGCUACAUGGCACCUCAGCACAUGCAUAGUAGUAGUGGACGGUUGGGGUCUAAUACACACUAUGGAGGUCAUAUCGGAAGUCAGGAAUCGGGUUCAUCUUCGCCUAUCAAGCGACACCACGAUGACCCUGAGCAGCCUUCUGUAUCUGGGUCUGCUAAACGAAGUAAGAAGCAUGGGAAUAAGAACGAAAUUACUCAGCACCGGCACCAGCACCAGUCUCAGCCUCAACCCCUACCUUCAUUUGACGAAUCAGAUUCCCCUGAUGAGGACGAACGCGGCCGUCGGGGAUUCAGAAUGGGUAGAGGAGGUUCACUUCGCUUUGGCAAGCAACGUCGACCUCGUCCUAUGAUUCCUAGCUCAAUGCUUGCAGGAGAACAAUUCGAUGCUCAAGCGCCACCUCCUUCAUCCGAUUUUGCUUUCCAAUGCCAGAGCCUUCCCGAAUCUGAUGACUCGCUGAACUUGCGUGAUCAUGGAAAUGGCGCAAGGAGCCGCCUCAAUCCCGAGGCCCGAGAGUUUGUAUCUCCAUCGAGAACGGCGUCUCUCAAUAAAGGACCAGUUGCCAAUCUUAGCGGUGGUGAAGCACCAAGCAGUGGCACAGUGAAUGAAUUAGCUUUCAAACAUGACCAAACAGAUGAACCGAUCCGAGAGGUCCCCAAGACUGGGCACGAUGAUGCAUGCGUGACACCUCUUCAGAAUGAAAAAGCCCCAUCCGCUGUAACUAGCCAGACCCCUCAACGUCGUCGAGCCAUCUCAGAAGCGGUCCAAAAAGGAACUCCUAGAAAGGAAAAGGGGCCUGCUCAUCAAGGAGAGGGAAAGAAGUCUCCGGCAAAAAGUUCGAAACGAGGCAAAGGCAAGGAGAGGGCAGUGACGGUGAGUGCCAGGGCCGACAAGGCUGAGGCAAAGGUCGAGAAAGCUCAAGAGAUGCCUCAAACUCCAGAGAAUCAAGGGGGAAAAGUCAAGAAGCCUGGCCUGAUCAACGAUGACUGGCCCUCACUUCCAGCCUCUCGGGAACGGGCACAGUCCAAGCCACAGACACCCUUGAUUUGGGGUGGAAAGACAAAAUCUACCCAAGAUGACGGUGGACUCGGACAAGGAUCUCCUGUCACGAAGAACUAGACUGUGACGUGACUGAGACAUAGCAGGAAGAACAGGGAGGACUGAGCAGACAUGAAUCGAGAAAUGGUCAGUGAAUUUAUUUCGGCCGGUACUGUUCGCUCUACUUGACAUCAAGUCAGUAGAAGAGGAAGAAAAGAAAAAGGUGAAUAGGGGACAGGGUAGUGGAUUUCAUGGGCUUGCAUUGGGCAUGGACAAGUUGGAUUGUCCAUUAAAAUAGUUUGCGAUAUCUGGUCUGUUGUUGGGCACGUCAUCACGGUAUCGGGUCAGGGGAGUAUAAAAAAGUGCGAUUUCAGCAAGGUGUAAUAUAGUACCGUGAGUACAGA